UGUCUACCGCAAUGGCAAUGAAAGUGACCCCUUUGAAAGAUGUGAAACCCUACAAAAGUGGCUGGAAAGUACAUGUGAAGGUUCUGCACUCUUGGAAGCAGUACAACCCAGUGCACGGGGACACCCUCGAGAUGGUGCUAUCCGAUGAAGCUGGAUGUAAAAUACAUGCCUCUUGCAAGCGAACUUACAUGGAGAGUAAAGGCCGCCUUCUUCCUGUUGGAGCAUGGAGGCACAUCCAGAAUUUCACCCUCAGUCCUUCAACUGGCAUGUACCGAGCAACCGAUCAUCCCUUCAAAAUGAGCAUCAUUCAGAAUACGGCAAUCACAAGGUCUCCUCUGAUCAACGAAGACAUGUUUCUGAGCUUGGUGGACUUCCAGACUGUUUUGGGUGGAUCACUCAAAACAUGUUUUCUCAUUGAUGUGAUUGGUCAAGUUGUGGACUUGGGAGAUCUUGAAACUAUUCAAGUCUCAGGCAAGCCAAGGAUGAAAAUAGAGUUUACCCUUCGCGACAUGAAUGAUGCUCGUGUUCCCUGCUGUCUGUGGGGUAAAUUUGCGGAGAUCCUCUACGAGGGGUGUAGUAAAGACGAAGAAGGGAAGCCCAUUUGUCUAAUAAGGUUUGCAAAGAUCGGGAGAUUUAGAGGUGAACUCCAAAUCACCAAUGCUUUUGAGGCAUCACUGCUCUUGAUUAAUCCUGACAUAGCAGAAACUGCAGCUUUCAAACAAAUGUUUGUUGAUGAGGUUAAACCCCUCGCCAUUUGUGAGGGUCGUGAUGAGAUACUUGAUUUGGAAGAGGUGAAAAGUAUCCAAGACAAGCGUGACAAAUGGAUGCUCUUUCCCAAGAGAACCAUCCAUGGACUUCUUGAAUCCACUCAGGUGGAGAAGUGCUUGGUCGAGUGCGAAGUCUAUGCUAUUGACUCGGAUUGGGGAUGGUAUUACUUUGGUUGCUGCACAUGCAACAAAAAGGUAGUGAAAGUGGGAACUUUAGUUAAGACAAUUCAUGGAAAGGAGGUCACUACACAUCUCUGGUGGUGUGAGGUGUGCAAAGAGAAUGUUUCAAGUGUGUCACCAAGGUUUAAGCUCCAUUUGAUUGUUAAGGAUGACACAGGAGAAACAAAACUGAUGUUACUUGACCAAAUUGCCAAGGGAAUGAUUGUCGAAUCGGCUGCGACUCUUUUGAAUGGAUCAUUUGAUGAGCUUGAGGAUCCUACAGAUUUACCUGACGCCAUCCUAUCUGUUGUUGGAAAGACUUUCACCUUUGGAAUUUCUGUGGAAAAGGAACAUGUUUUGUAUGGAUCUGAGAUUUACAAGGUUGGAAAAAUCUACCGUCAAAGCCAAAUUGUUUUCAAUGAGUCAGCCAAUGUUGAGAGUUCUGAGUCUGAUCAAGAUCUAGCUCUUACAAGUGGAGAAGAGAACUCUGUCAAUCUCCUUGACAAUGAAGAACACAUUGAAUGUUUGUCCACACCAUCCACCACACCAUCCACGAAGAGAAAGGGAGCAUGGUCAGACCCUCCACGCGAUAUCACUUCGACUUCAAAGAACCUUCGCUUAAAAACUAUCAAGGUGGAGAAGAUGAGUGAUUUGGAUCUUGAAGCAGGCAAGAAGACCUAAAUCUGCGAGGCUGAAGUUUAUGUUUUUUUUUUUUUGGUUUUAUUUGUUUUCUUAUUUCUGAAGCAAUUUCAUGUUUUGGUUUUUUUUUUAAUAAUUGUUUGGUUUUGGUUUUUUAUUAAUGGUUAUGUUUUUGGUUAAACUUAUUAUAAUAAAGUAUGCUUCAGAUAAUUUCUUUGCCUUUUUUCCUUUAAUUUUUAAAUUUCUAUAUUUAUUAUAUAGCAUUGCUUGCUGUCUAAGCUAACUAUCGCAAUCGACUAUGUUCCCUAUGUACCAAUAUCAGUUACAUAACUAACCUCCAAAAAUCUAUGUAUUGCAAUCCACUGUGUUCCCUAACUACCAAUCAGUUUCAUACCUAUAAUGCAUUUGCUAUGGUUUUAAGAAUGG